UGUCCCACACUUCGUUUCAGAGGGUGACAAGCUUCAAGCCUCGGAUGUCAAGAAAAGAAGAGCAGGAAAUAGCUCAAAUAUGCUUGAGGUUAUAGGCCAACUUUUCCGCACCGACCUUGCCAUCUAUGGCAACAUCGGGUUACAUCUCGUUGCGGUCCUCCCCAGCUCCCGCUGCCCGGUAGUGCAGGACAUAGACCAGUCCUUGGGCCCUGGUGUGGACACUGAAUUCUGCAUCUACCGCGAGGAAUGCGUCGAGCCUGCGUCGAGCUACGUCGUCAAGAACCUGGAAUCCGACUCCAGGACAGUCAUCAGCUCCAAUACUUUGUCUGACAUUGAGGUCCAUGAAUUCAAACGCGUCGCCGAAGCCUUGGGUAGAGAUGGGUUUUGGUAUCACUUCGAGGGUCGUGUCCCUGACGUUACACUGCCUUGCAUGCGAUAUCUGCGGGAAGCAUGGCCUGGUGCCAAGAUCAGCGUCGAGAUCGAGAACUUUCCCAGUGAGGGACUCCAAGAGCUUGUGCCCGAAGUUGACGCUGCGUUUUAUUCCAAGACUUGGGCUCUACCUAGUUCCGUCGGGGCCGGCGAUGCGUUCAUCACCGGGAUGCUCUACUCGUACAUAGCCCACCCGAAACACUGGUCACUGCAGAAAAGACUUCAGUUUUCCAACAGACUUGCCGGGUAUAAAGUGGUUCAGGAAGGAUUCAGUGGACUUGGACACCUUAUCCGCCGUGCAUAU